AUGGUCAAUAUACAGAAGACUGAAGACAUUUUUUAUGUUUUUCAAGAUGCACGCUCUUCUUGUUUUAAUAGUUUUCCGGUGCAUUAAUGUAGCAUGGCUUCAAUCCUGUAUAUAUACAGAAACGGACUAUGUUUGCAAAGAGAUUCCGAGAGAUUAUCCUGCUGGCCUGACCUCUUUGAUUCUGUUUGUGAGUGAUUUGGGGGAAAUCAACUCGCCUAUGUUCAACAGUACAAAUCUGACCUCAGUGACCAGUUUAACCAUGACACAAGCCGGGGUCACCGCAGUGGCACCACAAACCUUUAAUAAGUUCCACAACCUCAAAACUCUCAUUUUGGACAGUAAUCAUCUUUCUCAUGUCUCUUCUGAAUGGUUCAGUCAACCUGUUGCACUUGAAACCCUCCGACUGUCAAAUAAUAAAAUAACUAUAUUGGACCAUAAUUCUCUUUUUGGGAUGACAAAUCUCCUCGCUUUGAAUUUGUCUCGGAAUUAUAUUCACACCAUAUCUCAAACCAGUUUUAUGGGAAUUAGUAAACUAAGGCAACUGGAUCUGUCCAACAAUAACCUGACAAAUGUGAGUGUUGAUGUCUUGCGUCCCCUCAACGGCACCAAGAUCCGUCUGGAUGGAAACCGGUGGAACUGCUCGUGCUCUUUCAGUUUCAGGGACUUUGCAAAUUUUCUGAGAGGUCUGCAGAAUGCCUCUCUGUUGGAGAAUGAGAAGAUGGUGUCCUGCGAAAGCCCUCCGGAGUUGAAAGGUAAACUUGUUUGGCAGGAGCCAGAGUGUAGCAUCCAAACAACUGAACAUCCCACCACCACGAGCCCCGUCACUGGCCGUCCCGCCACUGGAGGUCCUACCAGUACAACCAAACCACUUACAAUGAAACCUUCUACUUUAAUCAGUUUAAUUGUGGUACUUUGUGCCCUGGUACUUGUCAUCUGUGUCCUCUCAGUGUUGUAUCAUCGGAAACGAGAGAGGAAACAUCAACAAACCAUUAAACCUUCUACAGCGACCACAGAGCGAGAAACAACAAAGAACAACAGAGGAGAAGUUCAAUGUAAAAUUCUUGAACCAACAGAAAACACCACAACACAGAUGUUACCGAGGUCACACCAGACGAGAGCUGCAAAUGAGAUGAUGUCACAGAUUUAUCACAUUUAUUCUUCAGAGGUCUAUCAAAGCAGGGAGCCAAUUAAGCGCGUCAGCUCCGCCGGUCCGAUUCUCUGCAGGACGGAGAUGUUUUUUCAAGGGAUGGAGACAGAAGGAGACACUGAAAAAGUCAACGCGAUGAAGCAAGAUAACUAUUAUGAUGGAUGCGUGAGAUCAGAAGAUCAGGAGGAAAAUGUGAGAGGGAAUGCUGGUGUGUGUGAGGGGGUGGAGCAUAAGAACGAUGGACGAAUGAGAAUUGAGUUGGAUGAGGAAACUACAAGCUUAAAGGAUGAGGUCAUUAACGCCACGGAGACGCUGGGGUCACGUGAUGAUGGACUAGAUAAAGAAACUGAUGAGACUAAAGCUGGAACAAGUGUGGACAGCGAGGUGAAUACUCACGAGGAACGACUUGAUCAUGACUUAAUAGAAGAUGCAGAAGCAAACCGAACUAUUCCACAUGGAGAACGUAGCACUGACCGGGUUGUGGAAAACGCAGAGAACUUACCUUACCUCACCAUCGGUGCAGAUCCAGAAAACCAGAUAUCUGUGGUUGAACAAAGCACCGUUCCGGACGGGAACAGAUCUGGACCUUUACGAUCCAUUCGACGUGUUCUGACUUGGCCCCCGACUGCAGUUCAAUGGAAGAAGCAGUGGGUACAAAACCAGCACGUGCUCAAUGUCUUUCCCAAACUUAUAUUCGUAACCGGUUACACGCCGUUUCAGCACACUGUUUAUCCCACAACCCUCCCAGUUGCCCCACAGUCCAACGCUAUUGAGUUUUUACCAGAAAACGCACUCCCACGAGAAGAUGUCAGAGUUAUCAUUGAUGGAGACACUCGCUGGGGAAACAUUGAGUCAUGCACUCGAAAAAUCCUGCAUUUCAAUGCCCAAGAGUCCUUGUCUGGUAAUACAUCACCAGGGAUGGAUGUCAGAAUAAUAUCAACAGCGGAAACUUGGAGGUCAGACUUAUUUUCCCAAAACUCACCUGUUGAUGAGAGUGAUGCCCGCUCCAAACUAUUCACCAUCCUUCAUCCAUCAUCUGGUGGCAGCGAUUCAGGAGAGACGAUAAACAAAGCAGAUGACAUAAAGAAAACUCCGAGUGUUAAGAAAAAGAGACGGGAUGACCUGAAAAGGUCAGAGUUGAGAAAGCAGUCCAGGCGAGAUGAGAAUGCAGCGAGAGCUCAGAAGAACGAUCAGAAGGUUCAGAAGAAUGAUAACUCCAGACCUCAUGUUGGAGAUUCUCCAAAAGACGCCAGUCUGGAGCACACAUCCAUAGGCCUGUUACACGAGGUGGUGGAAAAUCACGGGCGUUGGACCCGGGCGAGGUGGAGACAAACACAAAUAAACAAACAGAAACUCAAACAGCAACGACAGUCGACGGGCGACGAGAGUCGCUAGAUGUUGGCUGUGGAUUUCAUAUUCAUUGAUAUAUCUGUCUGCAAGACAUUAAAAAAUGAAAUAAUGUAACAUAUGGUAUUAUGAUCCACGGCUAUAUAACAAGCAAUUAUUCAAAUUCAUCAUUUACUGUAAUGGGGAAAUCUGUUGAUCUUGUAAUUACAAAAUAACGCUCUUAAUUUAUAAACUGGGCUUUAAAAUUA